GUGAGAGCUGUAAGCACCUUCUGUGCAUUGACAGAGACAGGAAACACUAGGCGCCCGUGGAAAAGUACCGCCAUGGUCUCAAUAUCACUGCGGGACGAGGCGCUCCCCCUGUUGGUCUUUCUGCUUCUCCUGCAAGCGACGCAGCCUGGGGUCUCACGGACCGCCUAUGAGCCCACCUGGGAGUCACUGGAUUCCAGGCCCCUUCCUAAUUGGUUUGAUGACGUCAAGUUUGGCAUCUUUAUCCACUGGGGAGUGUUCUCAGUGCCGAGCUAUGGCAGCGAAUGGUUUUGGUGGUAUUGGCAAGGAAGCAAGGUAGCAUCAUAUGUUAAUUUUAUGAAAAAGAAUUACCCCCCUGACUUUCGGUAUGAAGAUUUUGGGCCACAGUUUACAGCAGAGUUCUAUAAUCCAUUGCAAUGGGCAAUCACCCUGGAGGAAUCUGGGGCCAAGUAUGUUGUCCUAACCUCAAAGCAUCAUGAAGGUUUCACAUUGUGGGGAUCCAAAGUUUCUUGGAACUGGAAUUCUGUGGAUGUGGGCCCCAAAAGGGACCUCAUUGCUGAAUUGGUUUUGGCCAUUAGGAGUACCACUAAUCUGCAUUUUGGGCUAUACCACUCUCUCUUUGAGUGGUUCAAUCCCCUAUUUCUUUCUGAUAAAAAUAGUUCUUUUGCAACUCGUCGGUUUGUAGACACCAAGACUUUGCCUGAGUUGUACGAACUUGUAACAAAAUAUCAGCCUGAAAUCCUUUGGUCUGAUGGAGAUGGUGAUGCCCCGUAUACCUACUGGAACAGCACUGGCUUCCUAGCCUGGCUCUAUAAUGAAAGCCCUGUUCGCGAUACAGUUGUGACAAAUGAUCGUUGGGGCAAUGGCUGCAUAUGCAAGCAUGGAGGCUACUACACAUGUACUGAUCGUUACAAUCCUGGGCACCUGCUAAAACAUAAAUGGGAGAACUGCAUGACAAUUGAUAGGUACUCUUGGGGAUAUCGGAGGAAUGCUUUGAUCUCAGAAAUGCUAACUAUUGAGGAGAUUGUACAGGAGUUAGUAGAAACCGUUUCAUGUGGGGGAAAUUUGUUGUUGAAUAUUGGCCCAACUUCUGAUGGUCGAAUCCCUGUCAUAUUUGAACAACGUCUGAAGCAGAUUGGGCAAUGGCUUAAACUUAAUGGAGAAGCUAUUUACAGCACAAAGCCUUGGAGAGCACAGAAUGACACUGUCACUGCUGGAGUUUGGUACACAUGCAGACCCAAAGAAAAAGCACUGUAUGCCAUAUUCCUGAGUUGGCCCUCUAAGUGGGAGUUAGUCCUUGGCGAGCCUAAAGCUAUGACUGAAAAAACAGAGGUUCAGCUUUUCGGUUUUGAAAAAAAAUUGAACUGGUCGUCAUUAGGAGAACAGGGAAUGGUGGUCCAUUUGCCAGCACUCAGCUAUUCACAGAUGCCUGCUCCUUGGGGUUGGGUGCUUAAGAUAGUUGGCUUAAAUGAAGAAGUAAAGCAAUAUAAAGGUUGAUGUUGGCUGACAGAAAAAGGUCUUUCUUAUUUUGUACUGCAAACCAUAAAAACCCUGUCAUUCUGUCUUUUCCACAUUGCUUCCCCCCACCCCCAAGUGUUGUCAUGUUAAUAAAAGAGUAAAAAUCCCAAAUAAAUCUUAUUAAAUUUGUAACACAACAAAAUAUGUGAAAACACUGGUGGGUGUAUGUGUAUGGAAUGGAAAAUAAAACUACUGUAUCUCUGUA